AAGAGAUGAAAGAUGGUUGGUUUAAGCUAAUCUUGAUAAUCCUAUUUUCAUUCGCACAUACUUAAGUUUUUAGUCUUUCUUAAAACUAGAGGUGGAAAUGUGAAAUUUAUCACAUGAGAAAUUUAUCAUUGUCAUUUAUAGUGGCCAUCAGAAAAGAUAAUGAAAUAAGACUUUUGAUUCUUACUUAUAUAAUCCAAUGUCAGUAAAUAUAAGCACUAAUGAAUGCUGACUUGAAUGCUCAGGGUUUUCUUGAAAAUUCUAAAUUCUGUGAUAAAUAAUUGACCACUGUGACAACAGAACGUAAGUCAUUAAAGUGCAUUCCAUUACAGUAAGUUGGCAGGAGUUCAAACAGUUCUCUGCAAAUUUGUUUAACUGCGUAGAUUAAAUGGCAAUAUAUUUUCUAUAAUGAAACUUGUUGAAAUGAGAGGGAAUCAGCUAUUUACAAUCAUGGCAUAACUACCUAGGCACUCAGCAUCUCGAUGAAAACUGUUGGAAAAGAAAAACUUUCAGAGUCAUUCUGCCCUCAGAGUAGUCAAGCCAACUAAACUGUAUAUUACUGGAAACUUCAGAAGAAAAUGAGGGAGUUUCAGAAAGGAACUGAAGAGGUUGAUGACUGAAAAGGAUGAUUGAACACCAAAAUCUGCAGUUGAUUAGGAUGCAGACGUGGAAAGGAAGCAUGUAUAUAAAUAAAAGGGCCUUUCUGUAUAGAGCCUACAAACAUCGUGAAUGUGAAUCAUGUCAUUCAGAGGGUUAGUGACCAUGCCUCUGCCAUGAACAAGAGAAUUCAUUACUACAGCCGGCUCACCACUCCUGCAGACAAGGCACUGAUUGCCCCAGACCAUGUAGUUCCAGCUCCAGAAGAGUGCUAUGUGUAUAGUCCAUUGGGCUCUGCUUAUAAACUUCAAAGUUACACUGAAGGAUACGGUAAAAACACCAGUUUAGUAACCAUUUUUAUGAUUUGGAAUACCAUGAUGGGAACAUCUAUACUAAGCAUUCCUUGGGGCAUAAAACAGGCUGGAUUUACUACUGGAAUGUGUGUCAUCAUACUGAUGGGCCUUUUAACACUUUAUUGCUGCUACAGAGUAGUGAAAUCACGGACUAUGAUGUCUUCGUUGGAUACCACUACCUGGGAAUAUCCAGAUGUCUGCAGACAUUAUUUCGGCUCCUUUGGGCAGUGGUCGAGUCUCCUUUUCUCCUUGGUGUCUCUCAUUGGAGCAAUGAUAGUUUAUUGGGUGCUUAUGUCAAAUUUUCUUUUUAAUACUGGAAAGUUUAUUUUUAAUUUUAUUCAUCACAUUAAUGACACAGACACUAUACUGAGUACCAAUAAUAGCAACCCUGUGAUUUGUCCAAGUGCCGGGAGUGGAGGCCAUCCUGACAACAGCUCUAUGACUUUCUAUGCCAAUGACACAGGAGCCCAACAGUUUGAAAAGUGGUGGGAUAAGUCCAGGACAGUGCCCUUUUAUCUUGUAGGGCUCCUCCUUCCACUGCUCAAUUUCAAGUCUCCUUCAUUUUUUUCAAAAUUUAAUAUCCUAGGCACAGUGUCUGUCCUUUAUUUGAUUUUCCUUGUCACCUUUAAGGCUGUUCGCUUGGGAUUUCAUUUGGAAUUUCAUUGGUUUAUACCAACAGAAUUUUUUGUACCAGAGAUAAGAUUUCAGUUUCCACAGCUGACUGGAGUGCUUACCCUUGCUUUUUUUAUUCAUAAUUGUAUCAUCACACUCUUGAAGAACAACCAGAAACAAGAAAACAAUGUGAGGGACUUGUGCAUUGCUUAUAUGCUGGUGACAUUAACUUAUCUCUAUAUUGGAGUCCUGGUUUUUGCUUCAUUUCCUUCACCACCAUUAUCCAAAGAUUGUAUUGAGCAGAAUUUUUUAGACAACUUCCCUAGCAGUGACACCCUGUCCUUCAUUGCAAGGAUAUUCCUGCUGUUCCAGAUGAUGACUGUAUACCCACUCUUAGGCUACCUGGCUCGUGUCCAGCUUUUGGGCCAUAUCUUCGGUGACAUUUAUCCUAGCAUUUUCCACGUGCUGAUUCUUAAUCUAAUUAUUGUGGGAGCUGGAGUGAUCAUGGCCUGUUUCUACCCAAACAUAGGAGGGAUCAUAAGAUAUUCAGGAGCAGCAUGUGGACUGGCCUUUGUAUUCAUAUACCCAUCUCUCAUCUAUAUAAUUUCCCUCCACCAAGAAGAGCGUCUGACAUGGCCUAAAUUAAUCUUCCACGUUUUCAUCAUCAUUUUGGGUGUGGCUAACCUGAUUGUUCAGUUUUUUAUGUGAAAUACCUCAACUGUUUUUUUCAAGAGCUCUCAUGAUAUUUUGAGCCUUGACAACAGUUCUAUAUAAACUCACUUGUAAAUGCUGCUGUUGUGUAAUUCUAAAUAUUUUCUAAGAUAAUUUGAAAGCAAGGGAAAUAGUGGCCCCUUAAUAAGUAUUUUUUUAUUGGGGUGGGGAAAGGGGCAAAAAGAAUGAUCUUGGUGUCUUUACCUUUCUCAUAUUAACUCACCUCUUUAUUCUGUGGUCUUUUCUGAAUAGAAAUGUAUGCCCUAGGAAGAAAUCAUGCUGGGUUUUGCUUUUAGAGAUAAAAGGUGGUGGAUUUAUUUUGCCUGCAGUAAAGAUUCUCAGGGUGUCAGAGCAGCAUAUUGCCAAAUCCUGCUUCUGUUUUAUGUUUCAGUGUAUUCACUUUCAUUUUCUUACUUACUAGACCAUUUCUGCAGUUUGCCCAAACCUCUACUGUUUGGGACAGUAAGCCAAAUACCUCAUUUUUAAAAAGAAGUUUUCAUGGCAUCAGUGUUAAUAAAGUACAUUUUUAACUGAGUCUUAAUCUCUAUUUGAAGAAAAAGUAGAGACAAAAGUAAUGUCAAUGUAAUCCCCAGGAUCAUGAAAUAUAUACAAAAUAAAUAAAGUAGGAGAGUUUGUUGCUGUCUAA